GCGUCCUCUCUCAUGGGAGAGUUGAAAUGUUUUAAAAUAUGGCUGCUUUUAAAUAAUGCUAAACAUGGGUCUGCUAGAAUAAAUUGUGUUAUCGGCUUAUAAAUUUUCGUGUUUGCGUUCGAAUGACACAAUUAUUAAUAUGUGUGUGCGUUACAUGCUUUAUUACUAAUUUGUGCUCCAUUUACAACUUGAUCCAAUCAUGAGUAUAUCUAAUGGUUAUGGAGAAAACGAUUGUAGACUGUGUGGGAAAGCUUGUAAUUUCUCGGACACUCACAAUAUUUUCGAAAAGACUGAAGAGGGUGUACAAUUAGUUCAACUAAUUAAAGAUUUCCUUCCAAUUUUGAUCUACAGAACAGAUCCUCUUUCAAAACAAGUUUGUGAACUUUGUUGUUCAAAUUUGAAAAAUUUUUGUGAAUUUAAGAAGAAAUGUCUUGCUUAUUUUAAUGAACAAAAGGGGAAAUUAGAAUCUAAAGUGGACAUUAAUGAAAACGAAAAACUUUUUCUCAACACCAUAAGCAAUAGUACUUGUUCAACCAGAAAAAAUGGCCUUACAGACUCUCAACACUUUGAUGAGUCUGAUAAUCAACAGUCUGAGUCUGAGCUUUGUGCUGAACUUCAAAAUGCCAUCAAAGAAUCUCUUACACAAAUACAGAUGGAAGAGAAGCGCCAGCAACAAGCUGUAUGCAGUAUUAAAGUGGCCACUAAUCUGACAAACUGUAAUGAAAAUGUAAUUAAUGGUAAUCUUGAAGAUGAAAGUUCUCAGGACAGUUUCUAUCACACAAAAGCAAACAGUACCAACUCUGAAUCUCACAGUGAUAUGGAAUUGUGUGAUUCUCCUGCUACUGAUAUGUCUGUAGUACACAAUAAACAUGUUUCUACAGAACCUGCAAUUAAAAGGCGAAAAUUAAUAGGGCCUAAAUCAUGUAUGGAACGUUUAAGAAAAAAAUACGGUUACUCUCCUCUUCGCGAAAUCGAAAAAGAAGUAGAUCCAGUAAUCUACAAUCCGUUGUCAUUGUUAAACUGCAUUUUAAAUUAUUUUAAUAAAACAAAUAUCCCAGAUUACGAGUAUCAAAAUUAUACCACAUGCACUUUGUCAUCAUUACAAGAAUGGGAAGUAUUUGAAGAUUUUGACAAAGAAAGCACAUGUCGACACUGCAACAUGGUAUUCAAAAACCUGAAAAUGGUAGCUGAGCAUGAACUACAACAUUUGUAUGUUGUUGAAAAAGAAAAAGUUGACUCUCCAAACUUUACUAUUUCCAAUGGUUUUCACAAAAGGGUUCAUAACGUGUGGUUGAAAAACAUUAACAAAACUGAUGAGACUGAAGAGCCCGACGUUGUAGACUUUGAAAACGAUCACAAUUAUGAAGAUGAAAAUGUUCGAGAUGAAUUGAUACGUAAUGGGGACAUAAACGUAGAGAAACCUAUCGAAGAAAUUAUAGAUGAAGAAGAUCAGGGCCUUCUUGUACCAGUGGAGAAGUCGUCAGACGGUUCGACGAAAGGUGAAGUUGUACUUAUUGACACUAUAGCUAUGGUCAAUGGUACCCCUUUAUCUGAAAUUCCUAAAGACUUAAGAAGAACGAUGUUCAAAUCUGUCACUGUUAAUGGAGUAAAAAGAAAAUUUUGUUCUCUCUGUCGAUAUACAUUCAAAGACAAUUGGGCAAUCGAGUCCCAUUACUUUUCUUCUGGUUGCCACUACACAUGCCGUUUUUGUGGUUUACGGUUCAACAAGCAAAGAGCAGAGUUUGAUGAUCAUAUUAAAAAUCAUAUACUAAAUGGGGAUAAAAGAACCGACAAGAUAUUUGCUUCUAGAAAGGCUCAUUUACCUCCUAAAGUAAUAAAUCAAAGCAGAUUGAAAGCCAAACCGGCCUAUAUUCCUUCAAAACCUAUUCCUAAAAUUACUCCCCACAAAAUUAAAGCAAUGUUUAAGGAAAUAGAGCAGGAUUCUCAGAAAAUGAAAAAAGAAACGAAUUCAAACAUUGCAUAUUCUGAAAAAUCUUCUUCAGUAGAUCCAUACAAGCCCCAAAACCAGGCAUACUUUUGCAGGAAGUGUUAUCAGGUCUUCUUCAAGCUUGACGAAUUCAAUGUUCAUGUCGUCAGCUGUAACGGUACAGGCAUGGCAACAGUUACUGAGGCCAAUAAUGCCCGUUAUUACAACAGAAACUCUUCACAUAUAUCUCCGAGGUUUAGUGCCGAAGGAAGCAAAUCAGAUACAGAAUCGUAUUCUCCUUCAGGUCGUCCCAUACGUCAUUGUGUAAAAGAAGCAGGUCCUUAUGUGGAUGGCAGCGAAGUGGACGAGGCCUUGCGACCGAAAACUGCCGUUAUGAACAACACCCUACCAACCGAGAGGGGUUACGAAUGCAGUUUGUGCAGCUCUUGCUUCCCCACAAAAUAUUCGCGAAAUAGUCACAUGCGAAUUCACAAGAACGACUAUGGUCUUAAGAAAUUAAGUGACCACAGCAUCACGAUAAGUAGAAACAGACAAGAAAAUGUUGCUAAAAAAGUGAUCAAUAUGGUUGAACAGAACAACAUACCCACGUAUACAAAAUACGUAAAUAACGUUCGCAUCAAGCAAGAACCUACAGAACCCAUUGUUGAAAUCCAUGAGGGUGAAGCAGAAAAUAUGAACAUCCCCAGUUCCAUAGGAAGCGUCAGCAUCACCCCAAUACCUAAUGCAAACCACAAAACUAACGUUGAUCCCGACAUAAUACGUCUCGUUCAGAGCAAUCCCAACAUCACGAUCAAGACCAUGAGCAGGAGUAAUAGUAAUGAUAAUGAGCAGUAUUACAUGCAAGGGGGUAGUGGUUUUUUUAGGAAUGCCAUGACGAUGGGAAAUUCGACACCGAAUAAUUCGUCACAAGACAACGAUGGACGUUGCUACCGGUGUUCAAGUUGUUCAAAACCAUUCGCGAAUAAGUCUAAUUUGUAUUUUCAUAAAAAACACCAGUGCACUGGGUCGAAAUAUCCAUGCCCGUUCUGUAGAAAACGCUUUGGAACAGAGGCUGCAUACAGUUCUCACAUAUUCUACAAUCAUCCUGAAUAACGCGGUUCUUAUCGCCCAAUAUUUAGUUCCUCAUUGUAUAUAUGACAAUUAUUUCUAAGAAUUAUCAAAUCAAACAAAAAUAACUUACGGUUAGUGCGAGAGACUGAUUGUUAGUGUGAAAGACUGGCCGUGAGGUAUAACACAUACAGGUUGCUCCCUAUUCUAUUCAUAUCUACGUUAUUAAGUCGAGAAGGGUUUGCUAAACAAAUUCGAGAAUGCAGUAUUAAGAUGAAUCGUUUCCCAAACGACGUUUGAUGUUAUAUCAUUAAUUUUUUUAUUUUUUGUACAAUAUGUAUAUAAUUAUCUUCAAUCAAAUCAGCAAAUUCUUUGUAUUGUAUUGUUCGACGUUUUGUACUGUUUAUUUUUACUCGUGAUUCAUGUAUGGGAAAGUGUAUUGACCAUUUUGUUAGCAUAA